UCUUGGAUUUUUUUUUCUCAUUCUAAAUUAACUGAACCCUAUCUUUUAUUUAUAAUAUUAGAUAAUACAUCAAGAUUAAAUAAUAAUUUAAUCAGUCAAAAGUGAAGAAAUUCAAUUAAUAUGUUGUCAUUUACUACGUUACUAUCAUCAUCAACAUCCUGGAUGUCAACUGUAAUUUUUCAAAUUUUUUUAACAACGUAAAUGUAAUCUUUGGCGCCAAGAUUGGCGUUAAAUUUUAUUUUUAAAUAUUUCCUUGAAAUAAAAAAAACCUACACAUGGGAUCUCCAGAAGUAGAACAAGCUCAGCGACGGCUGGAGGAAAUUCUCCAGCGAGCAAAGCAACUCCAAGUACCUACGCGGGAAAUUUUAUCAACAAGACCGGCAAGAAAACUGUUGACACGAACAGAAAAUGCUUUCAUUUGGUUUCUCUUCUUUGGAACAUUUUUAUUGCUUCUUAGUGGACUUUUUUAUGUUCAUUGGGCUUCCCAAGAAGUUGAUACAAUCAAGACUGUCUUUAGACGAGCAUGCGGACCUUCUGGAGAAUUUGCUGAAAGAGUUGCAGCACUUUUGCACUCUUCUACAAAUCAAGACGAGUGCUAGUACCCGCACCUUAGUAGUCAGGAUUUUCUUCAUCGAUCUACAAAAAUGCUGAGUACGAAUUGUCAAUGGAAAACAAUGAAGGUGAAGCGUCAGAAGUCUUUACACUUCAAUAAUGGUAAAAAUAUAUAAUAAUAAAAUAAUAAAAAAAAAAAAGGAUACAAUACAAAGAACAGAAAGAACAGAAAAGAAAUAAAUAAAAAAAAUGUCUAGUGUUUCGUCACACAGGAGACAAGAGUCUUUCGUUGUUCUAUUGUUAUGCCACAAAGUUUCUUGUCAGACAAGAAUAUAUAUCUUGUAUACGACAAAUGAACAGUCUGAUGACUAGUCACAAUUUUCAAUGCAGAAGACGAGAAUAGAGACUGGAAAGAUAAUGAGAUUUAAAUUGUCAAACUGAGAAUGGAUUAGAAAAUAUUUUACGACUAAUAAGGAUGAUUAAUCUUUUGUCACUGCCAUUUUUUAAUUAAUUAUAAAUUAUUAUAACGACUAUCGCGAAUAUUCUCACCAUUUUCAGAAUGAAUAAUUAAGCCAGAAUGAUUAAUUAACAUUUCAAAUGCAUUACAUAUAUAACUAAAUAAUAAAGCAACGAUGUUUAACGGGUUUUCCAAUUGUUUUCAAUAAAGUUAAUAUCAGCCAUUAAUGAAUAAAUAUAAAUAUUGAAAUGUAUUGCAGAGUUUAAAACAUAAAGUAAGUUUUAUUGAUGUGUAUGUUGAAUAAUUAUGUGAUACAUAUCCUAAAAAAUGCAACGAAUUAAAUAAAGAGAUGCUUUAAUUGAAUCCGUGUCUAUGUUGUCAUUACUGUGAUAUAGUAUCGUUAUAUUUUUGAACAAAAAAUAAUAAUCGAGACGAUUUAACAGGUUUACUCGACGACUACUCACAACAUCCAACAGCUUGCGGCAAUUUUAUUAACAGUCUUGACUUGU